UUUUCUAAUGAGAUUUCUUCUUUUAGCAGUUGCCCAAGUCAUACUGAAGCACAAAAUCUAUCCACAGUCUCAGAGUUCCAUCUCCUGGGCCUCUCAGAUGACCCUAAAUUACAGCCAGUCCUCUUUGGGCUGUUUUUGUCCAUGUACUUGAUCGCCAUGCUCGGAAAUCUACUCAUCAUCCUGGUGGUCAGCUCUGAUCGACACCUCCACACCCCCAUGUACUUCUUCCUCUCCAUCCUCUCCUUGGCUGACAUUGGCUUCACUUCUACCACUGUUCCCAUCAUGCUGGUGGACAUCCAGACACAAAGCACAGCCAUCUCCUAUGCAGGCUGCCUCACACAGAUGUCUCUUUUCCUCUUUUUUGGUUGUAUGGAUGACAUGCUUCUGACCAUGAUGGCCUACGACCGCUUUGUGGCCAUCUGUCACCCCCUACACUACCCAGUCCGCAUGAACCCUCGCUUCUGUCGGAUCUUAGUAUUGGUGUCUGUUUUCUUCAGUCUUUUGGACUCCCUGCUGCACAAUUCAAUCAUCUUACAAUUUGCCUGUUUUAAAAGUGUGGAAAUCCCAAAUUACUUCUGUGAUGCUUCUCAAAUAUUUAAGCUCUCCUGUUCUGAUACCUUUAGAAAUAACUUGCUCAUAUAUUUAAUUAGUGUCAUAUUGGGAUUUGUUCCUGUUUCAGGGAUCCUUCUCUCUUACUACAAAAUCAUCUCUUCCAUCCUGAAGAUCCCAUCGCAAAGUGGGAGGCACAAAGCCUUCUCCACGUGCGGCGCUCACCUAUCGGUGGUUUGCUUUUUUUAUGGAACAUUGCUUGGUGCUUACUGUGGUUCCACUGUAUUUCAUUGUUCCAGGAAACUUGUGGUGGCCUCGGUGAUGUACACGGUGGUCAGCCCCAUGCUGAACCCCUUCAUAUAUAGCCUGAGGAACAGGGACAUCACCAGGAGCCUGAAGAGGCUGCACAGUAGGAUCAUCAAAACUCAGGGCUUGGAGUAG